AUGAAUAACAAUUCCUAGGUAGAAGCAUAAUAAAGUAAUAGAUAGUCAGCUCCUAAUGGACCAAGAGCACAAGGAGCUAAUGCAUAAGCAAAUGAAAAAAUUUCAGUUAAGUUUAAUUUCGCAGAAGUUUAAAAGUUCGUAUAGUUUGAAUUCCCUCGUAAAUUUUGUUUGAUAGAAUUGAGAUAUACUUUCGCAAAAGUCUUAGAUUUAGAUUUGUUUGGCAGAUAACUUGAGUUUUCAUUAGUAAAAUCACCAAAUGAGAGAAAAAAAUUAGAUGAGCUAAAAUCUUUGUAGGAUUAAGAUCUAACUGAAAACCAUUAUGAAAUUGAGGUUAGAAUGACAGAAUAUGGAGCUUGA